UGGGUUGGUGAGAGAUUGAGACUCCACGGAUUACUCUCCUACUGCCCUUUUAAGCGCCUUACACACACCCAGAUCUACCACUACAAUCUGCAUCUGCAAAUUUUUUUUUUCCUCCCUGUGUGUUAAUCUCCGUAAAUUUUCACACUUCCAUUUCGGCUUGUAAUGGCGUCCGAGGGAAUUCUGUUGGGGAUGGGCAAUCCCCUCUUGGAUAUCUCGGCUGUUGUCGACGAGGAGUUCUUGAACAAGUAUGACAUCAAGUUGAAUAAUGCAAUUCUUGCAGAGGAGAAGCACGUACCAAUGUAUGAGGAAAUGUCUAGCAAGUACAACGUGGAGUACAUCGCGGGAGGUGCUACUCAAAAUUCAAUUAAAGUUGCUCAGUGGAUGCUUCAAACUCCUGGUGCAACAAGCUAUAUGGGCUGCAUUGGGAAGGACAAGUUUGGAGAAGAAAUGAAGAAGAACGCAGCCCUUGCAGGUGUUAAUGCACACUAUUAUGAGGAUGAGUCUACAGGUACGGGUACUUGUGCUGUCUGUGUUGUGGGUGGAGAAAGGUCACUCAUUGCCAAUCUUUCUGCUGCAAAUUGCUACAAAUCUGAGCAUUUGAAGAGACCAGAGAAUUGGGCAUUGGUUGAGAAAGCCAAGUACUUUUAUAUAGCUGGGUUUUUUCUCACUGUAUCGCCAGACUCCAUCCAGCUUGUUGCCGAGCAUGCGGCUGCAAAUAAUAAGGUAUUCACAAUGAACCUUUCUGCUCCAUUUAUCUGCGAGUUUUUCAAGGAUGCACAGGAGAAAGUUUUGCCGUAUAUGGACUAUGUCUUUGGCAAUGAGACGGAAGCAAGAACCUUCUCAAAAGUUCAUGGCUGGAAUACAGAUAAUGUUGAAGAAAUAGCCAUAAAGAUUUCUCAGUGGCCCAAAGCUUCUGGAACGUACAAAAGAAUUACUGUUAUUACUCAGGGUGCAGAUCCCGUCGUGGUGGCGGAGGAUGGGAAAGUUAAGAAGUUCCCGGUCAUACUAUUACCUAAAGAAAAACUUGUUGAUACAAAUGCGGCAGGUGAUGCAUUUGUGGGAGGAUUCCUCUCACAGUUGGUUCAAGGGAAACCAAUUGAAGAAUGUGUGAGAGCUGGCAAUUAUGCUGCCAAUGUUAUCAUCCAAAGGUCUGGCUGCACAUACCCAGAAAAGCCAGAUUUUAACUAAGCUCCUCCACUUUCCCCCCUGGUUUCUAGCAUUAUUAUUUAAAAAGUUUUGCUUGUUGAGCUCCAAAUUGUUAGUUUCUCAAUCACUUGUGUUUUACUUAUUCAAGUAUGGCAACAUAUGUCCCUCCUGGAGAGUGGAGAAUUUUACUCUUCUGCUGAUGUGGGAAUUGCUUUUGGAUUGUGUACCAAUACCAUGGCCCCCCCUUUUGAGGGCAAGUAUUUUGUGGCAACGUUAAUUAUUUCUUUUCUAGUUUCAUAAAUCAUUGGUCUUUUUCUUGAGCCCAA